AUUGCAGCCGCCAUUCUUGCUUCCAAACUCCAAGAAAUUUGUAAGAAUUCCUCCAAGAACAAAUCAGCCUUGCAAGAGGGUAGAGUUCCUUCUAGGAUCCCAAACUUCGGAAACUUGCCUUAGUCCUUGUCGGUUCCUUGUGUCUCAAUCACCCCAUAUUUCUUCUUUUGCCUUCUGUUCGUGUCUUCCUUCAAUUGCUUAAAUUACAUUCUGUCCGAGUCUUUCUUAAUUCCUUUCUUAAAAAAAAAAAAAAAUCUCUCAACUGCAAGUGAACCACUCCUCUACACCACAUUCUUGUGAGAUCAUUGGUGGUACGUCCUUGAAUUUCUUGAGAAAAUUCUGAUUUCUUCAAGGAAGGAAAUCAAGGGUUUAGAGAGUUGCGUGGCGAGAUUAUUAGAGUGAUUUAAAACAUUCGAGUGAAACAUGAGUGUGAGUGAAAACACGUGAGGGAGGGUGUGAGGUACUUUACUCGUUUACUCCUAACCAUUUUGCAGGAAUACUAUGGCUCAGGAAGAGGAAUUAACCAUUGCUCAAUUAGCCUUUCAAAUGAAGGCUAUGUUUGGAGACCAAGAGCAGAAAUUGCGCCAAACCAUUGAGGAAAUACAUGAGCGCAUAGAUAACAUGGAGGGAUCGAGGAGUGUAUUCAAUACAACUCGAGCAAGACAUCAAGUGGUUGAGUCCAAUCGUUCUAACGGUGAGAUUGAUUUUGGGGAAGAAAGGGGCGGCCGAGGCUAUGAACACCCUCCAAGGAGAAACCAAACUGAAUUGGUACGUGAGGAUGACAUCCCUAAAGGAGUUAAAUUAACCAUUCCUUCUUUUCAAGGCAAGGCAGACCCCGACGCAUACCUAGAAUGGGAGAGUCGAAUGGAGAAGCUUUUUGAUUGCCACCACUACACGGAGAACCAAAAGGUGAAGCUAGCAGUCCUAGAGUUCACCAACUAUGCCUCAACUUGGUGGGAUCAACUCCGCAUGAGACAAAGGAGGAAUGAAGGUCCCAUGAUCACUACUUGGGUUGAGCUCAAAAGGGUCAUGCGGCAAAGGUUCAUACCUAGCUACUACCAUAGAGAUUUCCACCACAAACUGCAAACUCUAACUCAAGACAGCAUGUCGGUUGAAGAAUACUACAAGGAGAUGGAGAUGGCCAUGAUCAAAGCUGAUGUACGUGAAGACCCCGAGGCGACUAUGGCACGAUUCGUGCGAGGGCUGAAGGCCGAAAUUGCUGAUAUUGUGGAGCUUCAACACUACCUUGAAAUGCAUGAGUUGUUGGAAAAAGCAAUCAAGGUGGAAAGGAGGCUCAAGCGGAGGGGUAACAAUCGACCAAACACUAACCUCCAAGGGGGAAAUUGGCGAAAUCACCCUCCAAAGAAAGAGGAGAGAGGAUCGGAACCUUCCAAUUGGAACAAGCCAGCUGUGACUUCACCUGGUUUCUCCAAACCCAGUGCAAACUGCUCAAUGUCGAAUGGAGCCCCUUCAAGACCAAAUGCAAGAGGCAAUCCAAACCCUAACCCGAAUGUUCCUAAAGCUAGGAUCCGAGAUGUGAGGUGUUUCAAGUGUCAAGGAUUCGGCCAUAUUGCAUCACAAUGUCCAAAUCAACGAGUGAUGCUUGUAAGAAAUGGAGAAGUUGUGACCGAUGACGAAGAGGAUGAUUGUGAGGGAAUGCCACCUCUUAUGAAAGAAGAAGAGAAUGAAGAGGAGAUCAUUGAACAACCAACUCUUGAUAGACUAGGUCAUACACUAGUUGCUCGAAGGCCAUUGUCUACUCAAGCUAGUGUAGAUGAACUUCAAAGAGAAAGCAUCUUUUACACUAGGUGUUACAUCCAAGAGAAGGUUCAUAGUUUGGUGAUUGACCCUGGAAGUUGUACAAAUGUGGCGAGUGCUCUUAUGGUGACAAAGCUGAAUUUGCCAACUACCAACCAUCCACAUCCAUACAAGCUUCAAUGGCUCAACAAUAGUGGAGAGGACUAUCGAGAUGUGUUUCCUGAGAAUAUUCCUAGUGGUCUACCACCGGUAAGGGGAAUUGAGCAUCAAAUAAUCUCAUUCCCGGGGCUUCCUUGCCCAAUAAACCACCAUAUAGGACUAACCCUGAGGAGACUAAGGAAUUGGAGAGACAAGUAGCUGCUUUGUUAGAGAAAGGCUGGGUGAAGGAGUCACUUAGUCCAUGUGCGGUACCAGUACUACUUGUUCCCAAGAAGGAUGGAACGUGGAGGAUGUGCACCGAUUGUCGUGCCAUUAAUGCCAUCAUGGUAAAGUAUUGCCAUCCUAUACCACGUUUAGAUGACAUGCUUGAUGAACUUCAUGGUGUCGUUAUUUUCACUAAAAUUGACCUUAAAAGUGGUUAUCAUCAAAUUAGGAUGAAAGAAAGAGAUGAAUGGAAAACUGCAUUUAAGACUAAACAUGGGUUGUAUGAGUGGUUAGUCAUGCCAUUUGGCCUGACUAAUGCCCCUAGUACUUUCAUGCGUUUGAUGAACCAUGUCUUACGUGCUUUCUUGGGCAAAUUUGUGGUAGUCUACUUUGAUGAUAUCCUCAUUUAUAGUAAAAAUUUAUAUGAGCAUGUUGAGCAUGUUAAAGCUGUUUUAGAGGUUCUUCGAAGGGAACACUUGUAUGCUAAUCUUCUAAAGUGUACCUUUUGCAUUAAUGAGGUUGUGUUCCUAGGAUAUGUUGUAAGUGCGCAGGGUAUACAUGUUGACCAAAGCAAAGUGAAGGCCAUCAUGGAGUGGCCGACACCUACAAGUGUUAGUGAGGUAAGGAGCUUCCACGGGUUGGCAAGCUUCUAUAGACGUUUUGUCAAGGACUUUUCAACCAUUGCCACGCCUCUUACAUCCAUGGUGAAGAAAAACCAACCAUUUCAUUGGGGAGAUGAACAAGCUAAGUCUUUUCAAUUACUUAAACACAAACUCACACAUGCACCUAUACUUAGUUUACCUAACUUUGAAAGAAUUUUUGAAGUUGGGUGUGAUGCUUCUGGUAUAGGUGUUGGGGCCGUGUUACUUCAAGAGGGGAAGCCAAUAGCCUACUUUAGUGAAAAGCUCGAUGGUGCUUCGUUGAACUACUCAACAUAUGAUAAGGAGCUUUUGGCACUUGUUCGAGCAUUGCAAACUUGGCAGCACUACCUGAGGCCUAAGGAGUUUGUCCUACACACUGAUCAUGAGUCGCUUAAACAUCUCAAGUCUCAAAACAAGCUGAGUAAGCGACAUGCACGUUGGAUUGCUUUCAUUGACACUUUUUCAUUUGUGAUCAGGUACAAAAUCGGCAAGAGCAAUGUAGUGGCUGAUGCAUUGUCAAGAAGGUAUACUCUAAUCACUACUCUUGAUGCAAAGUUGCUUGGCUUUGAGUUGAUUAAAGAGGCAUACCCUAAUGAUCCUAAUUUUGGUAAGGAAUAUUCAAAUUUUCCUAAGUGUAGCCGAGAGGGUUAUUCUCUGUGUUUUUUGUACUUUAAAGAUAAACUGUGUAUUCCUAGUUGUUCUUUGCGUGAAUUACUUGUUAGGGAAGCAUAUGGUGGUGGAUUAAUGGGUUACUUUCUAUACUCCAAGAGCACUUCUAUUGGCCAAGGAUGAGGCGAGACGUGGAGCGUGUUAUCCAAAGGUGUGUCACUUGUCAUCUUGCCAAAUCCAAGGUACACCCGUAUGGGCUCUAUACACCAUUACCUAUUCCUACCAUUCCUUGGGUUGAUUUGUCUAUGGAUUUUGUACUUGGUUUGCCUAGGACUAGGUAUGGUCAUGACUCCAUUUAUGUGGUUGUUGAUCGUUUUUCAAAAAUGGCACACUUCAUUCCUUGUCACAAAACUGAUGAUGCUAGGCAUGUUUCUCACUUGUUCUUUAGAGAGAUUGUUCGUUUGCAUGGUAUGCCACGUACAAUUGUUUCUAAUAGAGACGUUAAGUUCCUUAGUUACUUUUGGAAACCUUUGUGGGGAAGAUUAGGAACUAAACUCUUGUUUUCUACUUCUAGCCAUGGAUGGGCAAACUGAGGUAGUUAAUAGGACACUCUCUACUUUGUUACGUUCACUUAUAAAGAACAAUUUAAAGACUUGGGAAGAUUGUUUGCCACAUGUAGAGUUUGCAUACAACCGCACUGUUCAUAGUGCUACACACUACUCACCCUUUGAAGUUGUGUAUGGGUUUAAUCCACUCACACCACUAGAUUUAUCUCCAUUGUCUACUUCUCAACAUACUAACAUGGAUGGUUUGAAACGGGCUGAGUAUGUUCGAGAUUUGCAUGCAAAGGUAAGGGCUAAUAUUGAAAAGAGGACCCUACAAUAUGUUCAAGGAGCUAACAAAGGUCGUCAAAAGGUUGUAUUUGAACCAGGUGAUUGGGUAUGGCUGCAUUUGCGCAAGGAAAGAUUUCCCAUGCAGAGGCGCAACAAGCUCAUGGCUAGGGGCGAUGGGCCUUUUCAAGUUGUGGAGCGCAUUAAUGACAAUGCGUACAAGUUGGACUUGCCAGGUGAGUACGGGGUACAUGCCACUUUUAAUGUGUCUGACUUGCAACCUUAUCUUGCAGGAGAUGAGUUUGAUUUGGGGACAAAUCGCCUUCAAGAGGAGGGGAUUGAUAGCAGCUCGCGUUGGGACCAACCAAUGUCAAGUAAGGAAAUAGUGGUUCCCCUUGGUCCAAUUACAAGGAGUCGGGCUAAGAAGCUUCAAGAGGCUAUGCAAGCCCUAAUUCGUCAAGUGCAAGUGCAAGCGGAAGGGUCAAGUGAAGCUCAGGGGCUCAUAGUUAAUGAUCUUAAACUCUGUACACUUGUUCAAGUGAUUGAAGCCGACAAUGAAGAAGCUUAGUUGGUAGUUUAAUUGUUGGUUUACAUAAAGGAAACCAAUUCGGCAACUUGAGUCUUCAAGUGGGCCGAAGUGUCUUCAAAUAACUUUAGGGCUCCUUUUGUAAAGGCUAUAAAUAGCCCUUCUUCCUGUUAUGAUAGAUAGACAACUAGAAUUUUACACU